CUGGCCAACUCACCAAUGACGUGUCACUGGGACUCCUAGGAAUUAAACACUGUCAGUCUUCCAUAAAACCAAAGUGCAAUAUUUUAUCAAUCAUUCAGAAAAUCAUGUUCAGGUCAUGGAGCAAGAAGAACAAAAUAAAAGCUGUAUUCAAACUGCAAUUUCAGGCAACUCAGGUGCCAAAGAUGAAAAAGCCGGCACUGAUGAUAGCUUUGGUUCCAGAUGGUGCUGGGAAGCCAACAGUUAAACUAGAGAAAGUUGCUAUCCAGGGUGGAUCCUGUUUAUGGGAUAAACCAAUUUUUGAAACAGUUAAAUUCGUUAGAGACACAAAAUCAGGAAAACUACAUGAAAAAAUCUAUCAUUUCGUCGUUUCAACUGGAUCUUCAAAAUCUGGAUUUCUUGGAGAAGCCUCAGUUGACUUCGCUGAUUUUGCUGCGGAAACUGAGCCACUGACUAUGUCUCUACCCUUGAAGUUUGCCAAUUCAGGAGCGAUUCUACAUGUGACGAUUCAGAAUAUUGAAGGAUAUAUAGAUCAAAGUUUCAGAAAUGGAGUAGACAGUGGAGGUGGAAGCUUGAAACACCAGCAGAGCAAUCGCAGUACAGAUGACAGUUCCUAUAAUGCUGAAGAUUCUUCUAGGCUAUUACUAUUACCACCGCCCAUCAGAACGACUUCAAUGCCAUCAAAUGGAAGAGUUGAAGUCCCUGCUUCAGAAACUCAUAGGCAUAGGAGGUCAAACACAGAGGUGUCAACUGGUUCAGUGUCAGAUGGGAAUUUGGGUGACUGGACUAACAGCCUGGAAGAUAAUCUUCCCAGAGAAAGGUUGCUAAUAGGGCCUCCUGAUAGUACCACUGAAAACCUCAAGACAGAAAUUGCUUCUCUAAAGAGACAAGUAGAAGUAUCAGAACAAGAGCAUCAAUCACUUCAGAAGCAGUUAGAGAAAGAAAGCAUUCGGGGACAAAAUAUGGCAAGACAGAUAAUCCUCCUCAGAGAGGAGAGAAAUAUGCUCAAAACAAAAUAUGAGCAGCUCAAUUCCCAGCAGAACCUUGAUAAUGAGACCAAAGCCUCAAAAUCCUUGCCGUCUGAGAUUGAAGAUACUAGGCUUCAGUUAGAAGCAUUAAAGGAAGAGCUUGUACAUGAAAAAUCUUUUAGUGCCAGUCUUCGCUCACAGCUCCAGAAGACACAAGAUUCAAACUCUGAACUGCUUUCGGCAGUGAGGGAGCUUGAAGCAGUGCUGGAACUAAAGAAUAAGGAAAUCUUGGACCAGAUUGACAAGCACAGUGAUUGGACAGAAAUAAACCUCUUGAGGCAGAAAAUUGCAGAUCAGAAUCGUGAAAUCGACACUUAUAGUCAGCAACUUGAUGAGUUAAACGAGCAUAUAGAAGUGCUCACUUCGGACUCCGAGCUAUUGAAGAGGAAAAACCUGGAUAUCUGUUUGAGAUUAAAGAAAGUAGAAGCACAACAUAAGAUGUUACAAAAUAAACAUUCAGCUUCGUUGACUGCCAUAGAACAACUUGAAUCACAGGUAGAGAUAUUAGAAGAAAAGAUAAAGAAUCGGGAAGAGGAAUUUUCAGAGUCUUUGGUCUACAUCAAUGAGCUUGAAAAUCAAGUCAAUAAUUUGCAGAGAGAACUGCAAACACAGGCAGACAAGUUUGAAGAAGAUCUCCAUUCUUUGAAAUGUGCGAAGAUUCAGCAAGAAGAACAGGCCAUGAAAGCUGAGGAGGCCUUGAGAAUGAUGACACGCAAUAAUGCUCUCGUAUCUGAGCGUUUUCAGGAUGAACUUCGAAGGCUUUCAGUUGAAAUGGCAUCGAAAGUAGAAGAAAAUGAAAAGAUGAUCGUUAAAGCCAAUGCAGAAGCUGAUGAAUUGCAGAAGCAGAACAAACUUAUGGAAGAAACACUCCAGAAAUGCAAUCAAGAGCUCAGGCUAAUUACAAACCAGAACGAUUUGAAACUGCAAGAGCUCUUGAACCAAAUGAACUCAAAAGAAAAAACAGUAGAGAUGUUGACACAAGAACUUGAGGUUAAAUCUAAACAACUUGAAAAUGUGCAAAGGCAAAAGGAUGAAAGGGAUCACGCAUUAUCAAAGCAAAUUCAGGUUCUUAGGAUUGAAAUUAAGAAGCUGAUGGUAGAAAAGCACGCAUUUUCUAAAGCAAAGCCAACAGAGCAAAUGACCGAGGUGGUAUUGCAAGGGAACCAAGAUGUGGAUAAGAUACUUGGUACCCUGAUGACAGAAGUGGAAAUCUUGAAGAACCAUCACAAUGAAUUGACAAAUAUCCUGCAGAAAGAACAUGCUGAGAAAGAAAAUAUGUGCAAAACAAUAUCUCAACUAGAAGGAGAGCUUAAGAAGAAAGAAGAAGAAUUAAGCAUUAUGGAAAAGAAGCAGACGAAUAACAAAAGACAACCAGCAGCAGCAAACAUGAAUAUGACUCCUAGAGACACCGAGCGUUGUGGUGCAUCUCCUUCCAAUGAGGAACAGCUGAAGACAUCAAAUUCAGAAUGGCACAAGGGCAUGGAUGCUGGAAAUACAGCUGAUGGGUUGGAAGAAAAAGGAAUAGGCAAUUUGGCUGAGAAAAAAGUUUGUCAAGCACAGCACAGAAGUGAUGCGAAAACUUGCUUGGCAAAUGAGGUGAUUCUCUUCAAUCAUGAUCAUAGUGGUCACACAAAUGAAUUGUUGAAUGAAGUGGCACUCCUAAAGGAAAGGAAUAAAUAUAUGGAAAAUGAGCUGAAAGAAUUAGAAGAAAGGUAUUCGGAUAUUAGUCUAAAAUUUGCAGAGGUAGAGGGAGAAAGACAACAACUUGUUAUGGCUCUACGUAGUAUCAAGAAUGGUAAGAACUUGAAUUCUUAACAGGUGUUGUUACAUAAUCACAUUAUAAAGCAUACAAGGGCCAUGAAGGAGGCAACAGGAUAUCUUAAUCACAAUGGUUUCUACUAGAGGUUUGAGACCUUUAUAAUGUAUGUCAACCAAAACUGUCACUUGAUCAGAAAUAUCCUUUCCAGUAUUUCUCCUCAAACGAUACAUGGACAAUGUGGUUUGGGAUGUUGCUUCAUAUGCCUAUGUAGCAAAUGUAUGUCAUCAGUUUGAUCAUUUUGGCAUAUAAAUAUGAGAACAAUACACAGAUAAAUGAAAAAUGAUGUUCAGAGGAAAACUUUUGGUUGAAUAAAAGAGAAAAAACAACUCAAAAGCUAUUGCCUAUUGAAUCCAGAAAACCAUCAUCUUAGCUGGUACCGGUGCUUUUCAGAAGUUAU